AUGUUGGAAAUUUUCAAUAUACCUCAUGCAGAUCCAUUGAAUUUGCCCAUGAUUCAAGGCAUUGGUCCUGUCUCCAUCAUAACAGGCCUAUAUCUAGUCUUUAUCCUAAGACUAGGCAGAUGGUUUAUGGAAAAACGUCAACCUUAUCAAUUGCGUGAAAUUCUUAAGUUUUACAAUCUAUUUCAAGUGGCCUACAAUGGCAUGAUUUUCUUAAUGGCAGUGUCAGUGAUUAUGAUUUACAAACCCUAUAAAUUUAGUUGUAUGGCUCCUUUACCCUUGGAGCAUGACGGAAAAAAAUGGGAACGUAUUCUCGGAUAUGCCUACUACAUUAACAAAUACAUCGACUUCUUGGACACAAUAUUCUUUGUGCUGCGCAAGAAAUACAAACAAAUCACCAUUCUUCACAUUACUCAUCAUGCAGCAAUGCCAAUAAUCUCGUAUUUAACGCUGCGAAUGAUAGGCUAUGGAGGCUUGCCAGUGAGUUUUGUUAUACUCAACACUUUUGUUCAUGCGGUCAUGUAUAGCUACUACUAUCUGGCAUCACAGAACCCUAACUUAAGCAAAAGUAUUGGGUGGAAAAAAUAUAUAACCAGACUGCAGAUCGUCCAGUUCAUUCUCGGACUUAGCCACAUCUUUUGGACAUUGCAACAAGAGGACUGCAAUGUAAGUAAUAAUAUGAUCAAUGUAUUCAUUGCAUCAGGAAUAUUUUUGAUUGCCAUGUUUAGCAAUUUCUAUAUAAGAACUUAUGUUUUUUCAAAAUCGAAAUAAA